UGUCGUCUCUUUCAUUGGUCUGACGCAUUCGGUCCUUGGAUUGGACAAUAAUCUGUCUAAUCUGUGAUUCAGUUGUCAGUUGCUGUCAUAACCACGCGGUGUUUGGUUUGGUGUGUUGAUCAGUUGCAGUGAUUUUGAAAUUAAUUUGUUGCCGGUUUUCUCAAUUCGAUGUAAUUUCUAUGAGAUAAAUUGGCUUAGUUUAGAUGGUUUUUGUUACUAUCAGUGUUGUGCCGCAUAAUGAACUGGAAUAAUACGAUUGACUGACUUGGUUUAGUUCCGAAUUCUGAGAACUUGGAUUUUAACAUUUUUAGAUUUGAUAAUGACGUGGUUGCUCCUGACGCUAGGCGUCUUGUCCACGGCGGCUGCCACCACGGCCGCUGGGUACUGCUCAGUCAACACACUGCCCACCAACUCCUCGUGGAUGCAGUUCACCAAGGAGCCAGUGCCUCUAGAAUACGGCUUUGAAGACAAAUUCAAGAGCAUCCACUGCUGCGUGAAAGGAUACAGGAGUAUCGAAUGGUUCAAGGAUGGAGUGGCGUAUCCAUGGUCAGCAGGGGUGUCCAACCUCAUCUUGUACCCGGAGGCAGCUAACCAGACGCUCUACACUCAGCGGGCAGCUCGAGGGGACUCUGGCAACUACACCUGCCGGAUGAGCAACGAGACUCACAGCGAGACGCACACUGUCAGGCUGGAUAUAUUAGAAAAGCCUACGGGGACGCCUCGGACAAUGUUCAUAUCCAAGGACCAGUGGGUGGAGGAGGGGACCGACUUGCGCCUCUACUGCGAAGCUCUGAUCGGCAGGUCAUACUUGGCCGACGCGCGCAGCGACCUGCGGUGGAUGAAGGUGUGGCCCAACGGCACCGAGGGCGACCUACUGCCCACACAAACAGAGAUCAAGACCACACGGGAUGAUGUGGAAGACAUCAUCGGCUCCUACCUACGGAUCGAGCGCGUAGCGGCACCGGAUUACGGCAUGUAUGCGUGUGUGGUGCACAGCAACGACCACGUCGACCGGAAGUACGUCACCGUGCACUACAAAUUCAACGGCCUGUCAGGCAUCACAUCCUGGUCCGGCGACAGCAGCAUACCCUGGCGGCCCCUAGUGCUGGGCAUCGUCGCGGGGGCUUUACUCCUGGUGUCUCUCAUCAUGCUUCACCGGCGGUACACGCUGCGACUUCUGCUGGCGGCGAGACAAGCUAGGGCUAGGACGGCUACUGCAGCGCACAGAGCUCGAGUGCUGGAGAAAGAGUUCGAUGUCCUGGUGUGCUGGACGGCGGUUGACGCGGAGUUGGUGCGCGGCGCGCUGCUGCCGACGCUCGCAUUGAAGUACCAGUACCGCGUGCACACGCUGCAGCUGGCCACGAGACCCGACCACUGGUACAACGAAGUGAUGAGCCAGAUGGCGCGCUGCCGCUCCGUGCUGGCCGUGCUGUCGCCCGCGCAGUACGCGCCGCAGCAGCUGCUGACCGCGCUGCGCCAGCUGCGCGCGCUGCCGCUGCCGCCCGUCGUCGUGCUGCUGCAGGUAGGUGUCCAGCGAGCGUGCAGCGCUGCACAGCGGCGAUGCAGCGCUGUCCCCGCGCAGUACGCGCCGCAGCAGCUGCUGACCGCGCUGCGCCAGCUGCGCGCGCUGCCGCUGCCGCCCGUCGUCGUGCUGCUGCAGGUAGGUGUCCAGCGAGCGUGCAGCGCUGCACAGCGGCGAUGCAGCGCUGUCCCCGCGCAGUACGCGCCGCAGCAGCUGCUGACCGCGCUGCGCCAGCUGCGCGCGCUGCCGCUGCCGCCCGUCGUCGUGCUGCUGCAGGACUUACCCAAACUGAAGCGGGAAGCGAAGGAAGGCGGCGAGCGGCUGUCGGAGCUGGUGUCUCGCACGCGCGUGGUGGCGUGGCGGCACGUGCACGAGCGCGCCUUCUGGACGCAGCUUAGAUUGGAACUGCCGCUGCCGCCGCCGCCGCCAGAGACCCUGCAUAUCAAAAACGAGUCGACGGACAACAAGAACUCUUGCUCGGGCAGCCUGACGGCGCUGGUGUGAGGCGACAGUGUACGACACUCCGCGCGUGUCCGACACACGCGGCGCGGCUGUGUCAGCUCUCGUGCUGCAGUGUCAGACACUCGUGCGCCAGUGUCAGACACUCGACGCGGCAGUGUCAGACACUCCCCCCGCGCGUCGCCAAUCGUAUCAAGACUGUGAAUAGUUAACUUUUUGUAAUACUAAACUUUAUAUCACAUUAUUUUUUAGUUAUGUAGCUGUAGAAAAAAGUAAAUUCUGUAUACAGUUUUCUAAAGAUCUCGACAUCUUUAACCCUUUCGAUGUUUCGACGGAAAUUCUCAUCUCGAUUUCUCUUUCUUGUGCCAAAGGGAAGUAACGAAUUAUAAUCAUGACAAUGUAUUUCUUAGUUACGACUUAUUGUGCUAUUUAUUUUAUUUAUCUUCUUGAGACUUCUGUCACAUGCGCUUUAAUGUGUUGCUUAUUCGCUUACGUUGUUUCACAGUACAUUGCCUUGAAGCGCGUGUGGCAAGAGUGUGGACUAAGCGACGUGUACAUAGGGCUAUUAUAGGGUACUGCGUACAAACCUUACUUUCUUCCAUGUCUGUAUUCUGUUGGUUAUAAUAAUUUUAAGAUUUUCCCCAUUAAUCUACGUAUUAUUGUAUAGUGUAGAUUCUAUAUAUAAAGCUCUUUUGUAUUCGCGUUGUGGUUGUCUAGAAGUCCUUUUUAUCUCGUAGGUUAUGUUGUUUGAUGACAGCAGAAUGUGAUGUAAACGUCCCAGGGUCUGUGAUAAAUAAGGCUUAGCUAUUAUCGAGUAUGGAUGUUGGCUGCUGUGGAUUUUGAGAGGUUUGAAAAGUCUGAAAUCUCAUAAUAAAAAUCCAGUGAUGAAUGAUUUGCAAAGUUGGAAAGAAUGAUAAGUUAUGAAGGUUUGGAAAUGCGUAAGAAUAAUAAAAAUAGGCCUCGAAGCAAAUUUUUCAUUUGCUUUGCUUCAUUUAAAGGCAGAUUGUUUUGUUGUUAUCGGAGUAGGUCAAGUUUUAUUUAAAUUUUAAAUGUUGCUUCAAUAAGUAUUUUAUUAUUCUUAUGUCCUUUGUGCAAGAAAAAGCCAAAACGGUGAAUGGCUUCUACACAAUGCGGACUCAACCAACGCCUAUAUUUUAUCUUCCUAAUGAUAAACAUUUCAGUAUUGGGUGUAAAUAUAAUUAUUGUUUAAGUAUUACCUUAUUGUUCACAAUACAUCGUUAUUAUAUGUAGUUAGAUACAAAAAGCUGAACAGGAUUGUAGUAUAGUUAAUUUUAUCAUAGCAUUACAUCUUACUCUUUACAUUCCUUUAAAUGUUUUAAGGUAAACAUUGAUUACAUGUAAAACGAUUGUGAAAUGCGUAUCAAAUGGAAAAUAAAUUACUUUGAAAA